AUGCCCAACAGCAACCGGUACACGAUCACAUUUGGUCGCGAUGUGGCGACGCAGCUUUGGGAGUCGUCCAUGCGACCGCCAAUUCCGUGGUCCCUUGCGAUUCUCGAAAUUGACAAAGGAGUGAACGUACCGCUGCUAAUUGCCGUGCCGGGCUUCCUGGAAUAUAGGUACCGAUCCAACGACGCGCGCACCCUGGCGUGGCAUAUGAAUAUUAAGGAGGGGUAA